CAUUAUAAUAUUAUUGAGAGUAGUGUUCACAACAAAGUACAUAAAAAUCCAAUGUUUAGAGCAGCAACUGUUUAUAUUUUACGAACCAGAUGUUUAAAUCGUGAUUAUUGAGAGAAUUUGGGCAAACAUAGCUUCAGAAUGACCACUGCGGUAUCCACCGAAAUAUGUCGUUUAUGUUUGGCAUCGUUGGCGGGUGAUUACACCUGGAUUGGAAACCCUCAACUAAAAGAACAGAUGGAGAAGGUGUUUAGCUUUCAGAUUAUAUUCGAAGAAGAGUUCAACUCAAGUGUGUGUCAAAUUUGUGCUCACACUAUUUCUGAGUUUUACCAGUAUUCGGAAAAAGUACGACAAAACCAAGAAAUCCUUAUAAAGAUGCGAAUUAAGCCAGAACCAUUGUUUCAUAGUAACAUCGAUUCCGAAGACAUUAAAAUCGAACCGCAUUUUGGUGAUGAACACGAAUUAAUGACGGAAGAUCGUCAAUCGAUUCACGAGUUUGAAAGUGUAAACGUUAAAAUCGAAUCAAAUAGUGGUGAGACUGAAGAGCCAAUGACAGAGGAACACACAAACAUCUCGGGAGGUGAUGAUUCAAACGAUAUUCAGUCGCAAAGCUUCGUUCGACUAUUGGAGGUGAAAACUAAACGGGAGAAAGAGGAUCAAUUUCUAAGGGAAAAUUUCAUCUUGACCUGCCAUCUAUGCAAUAUGGAGGAACCUACAUUUCAAAUGCUCCGAGAGCAUUUUCGAACGGUACAUAACAGUUAUAACGUGUAUGUGACAUGCUGUGGAGAAAAAUUCGGCACUCGUGGUCAUCUUAUAAGUCAUAUAGAAAGCCACUCCAAUCCUACUAACAAUGAGGCAAGUGAAGAACUACUGAAAGUGAGAGCAGAACAAAAUCUGUUUAUAGGCAAGCACUUUGUUCUGAGGUGUCAUUUCUGUAAUGUAACAAAACCAACUUUCGAUACGCUGCGUACCCAUUUUCGCCUUACUCAUCGUAGUUAUAAUGUAUAUGUGACAUGCUGUAACGAAAGAUUUGGAACACGCAGCCACCUUAUAAGCCAUAUUAAGAGCUGUCACGUUAAUGUUGAACAGGAGCAACAGCCCAAGAAAACGGUGCCCACUAAACGCAGGAAACCAACAAGAACAGAAGUAGAAGACCAGUUCAUUAGCGAUCACUUCAUCCUAAAAUGCUAUCUCUGCGAUGUGAUUACACCGACUUUCCAAAUGUUACGUGACCACUUUCGCACGGAACACAAUAGUUACAACGUAUACGUAACUUGUUGUGAAGAAAUGUUCAGCACGCGAAGUUAUCUCAUAAACCACAUCAAAGAAGGUCACACGAUGGAACAGAACAAGACGAAAGAAGCCAAGCGUUUCUGUUGCCCACACUGCGGCAAGGAGUACCAGAAAAAGUGGUUAAUGGAACGACAUUUCGACAUGACGCACAGCAAAUCUAAACAUCCACACACUAUCUGUGAAAUCUGCAAUCGAUGGGUGUUGGCGCGUAACUUCAAAGUUCACAUGAAAAGGCAGCACCCGAAGUAGGGGAGAAGAUAGUUCAUCAAACAACCAAGGAGGAUUUGGCGGUACCUAGACACAUUUCAAAGUUGUACAGAUCGACGAUGUAUAUGCUUUAUCAAAUGUUUCGAAUUUAAAAAUCUUAUUUGCAAAAAUAAAUGAGAAACGAAUUAUUA